AUGAUUGCAUCACAGCCAAGUGAUUUUCUUGACGGGAAGUUGUCUCACAAUGGCUCGGCGUCUGCCCGUUUGCGUGGCACCAUGAGAGGCCGGCGGCUGAAGACCCUUCUGCUGCUGCUGCUGCUGGGCAGCCUGACCGGGACAGCAUUUUGCCAAGAAGAAGAGCCCGCUGAAGAUUCAGAACCUGAUGAUGAACAAUCGAUUGUGAACACAGACGAUGUCCCAGAAACUACUUCUCCCACAGACCCCUGGAUAAACCCAGAUACAUCCUUCGCAGAAGAAGAAGACGGUGGUUCAGGUCGCAUCUUUGACAGUGAAAAUUCAACAAACCCAUAUGAGCUGUCCUCCAGCCCUGGGCCACCCGGGGAGGCUUUGGAUCUGACCAUCAUCCUGAUUCCUGUAGUUCUUGUGAUUAUGAUUAUCAUCAUGACAGUUUGUGGGAUCUUCAUUAGCCGCAGGUGGAACAACAAAUUAACAAAUCAAGAUUCAACCAAAGAUGAUCCAUAUUUGGAUGGGUCCAGCACAGAGAAGGUGCCAAUGCCAAUGUUUGAGGAAGAUGUGCCCUCUGUACUGGAGCUGGAAAUGGAAGAGUUGGAUCAGUGGAUGAAAAAAGAUACAUUUCAGCUACCCUGAGAUCGGCGCUUUGUUGUACUGCGGCAGCUUGAUCCCUUUUCCUUUUCAAGACAUUCUGCUCAUAUGCUGUGUUUGUUUUCACUAAACACGGAGCUGCCCAUGAUCACCCAACAGGCAGACAUGUCUUCUGCUUGUGUUGAACUUUGGUCAGAUCCAGCUUUGCAAGGCAAAGCUUUGCUGCCAUUUUCUUCGUAGAAAGAGGAGUCUUUCCAAAGCUUCCAGACACGUCACGCAUGGUCAUUUCCUGUCCGUACUGUCACAAACUUUAACAUUUGACACGCUAACAGAGGCCUGCACAGUCGAAGAGGACAUCCACUCCUCCACAUCCACUCCUCUGAAGACGGUCGAUUGUGUCCUUGGAUUUCUGUGUGUCAGUAAUCAUUCCACAGUAGGCUGAUAUUUCCCAUUUGGAAAUGCUUUUAUUUAUCUUUGCAGCAUAAUGGGUGGCAGCAGAUUAGAUCUUCCUCUAAGAUAAAAGCAGAUUUUUUUCCAUCCUUGGCAAUGUACGAACACACACCUGAAUGGUCUGGACCAGCAGACCUUUUCAGUUGGA